AUGGGGUCAUCUUCUUCGGGUUCGGGAGUCAAGACCCGUAGCACUACAAGCAAAGAGCAUCAGUCGAAUGACGGAAGAACAAAAGAACAUGACACAGGUCAAGGCUCCAAGUCGAAACUCGGGUAUGAGGUUCUCACCAUUGCAAGAUCAUUGCGAGUCAUUACGCAGAGCGACUCAGCGGGCAGGUCAAAGCCUCAACGUCCUCCCUCUCAUAUUCUACUCAAGCCACCAAGAUUCGGCGACCUUUCCCCCUACGGAAUCAACGACGAUGACGAGAAAUAUUUGUGGGAGUUAGAAGUUGCUCGAUUGAUCGACAGCUUGGACGAGACACAGGAACCAUUAAGUUCGAGUCAUAACCAUGUAUUGCCUUCCGCCAUUGACACUUUGGGAUUCGAUUGCCUUGAAAAGCUCUCAGAUCAAAUGCUAUGUGCUUUAUCUAUAUACGGUAUCGAUGAUACGAUGGCUAUAGCGGCCUCAUCAAUUGACUCCAUUGGCGACCGAAGUUUUAAUAAACUGCAGGAGAGGUUGGGAGCGAGGCCCGAACCGACACAUGUUGUUAGAGCGCGCGAACGUGUUUCUUACGAACCGAACUACAUGCGGUACGCUGGUAAUAACACAGCUCCAAUGGUGCAAGAGAAGCCGGUUCCUGGUGAAUCUAUACCUUUGGCGUCAGUAAAUGAUGACGAUGCGCCUGCAUACUACGUCCUGGUGGACUACAUCACUGCCACACUGGCCCGUUUAAUAUUAAAAGGGUUCGACGAACGCCAAGUCUACUGGAUAAGCAUUAUUGUCACUACAAUUGCAAAGAUUUCAACAAAGCUCAAGGUUCUAUCACACAGCCUUCCCGCAUUCGGCAACCAGAGCCUCGACCGGUUUUCUGUGCAUCGUCGUAACUACUGGGUUCCAACAGCGCCUGCCUUAGACAACCCUCACCCUGAUCAUCCUCCCUUUCGAAAUGGUAUACGUGGUAUCACGACUGGUAGCAGUGAUAGCUAUGUCGUGAACUAUGUCUCUGACAUGGCCUCAGUCUCCACGUGGUUGUUUCGCUUCAUAUGGCAUAUUCUUACCGACUUGAAUACCCGAAACACGCGUGGUAGAUCUACCGACGAGUUUGAAACAUCUGCUACUAUCUUUGCAAUGGGCUCACGUAACCUCCCCACACUUGCCUACCAAAAUCGACCUGGUCAUAUCUCAGGGUCGUCAUCCAUCAUUGCAGUAGCCAUGUACCAACGAGCUUUCGACCUCAUUAUGGAUGCUGUAAAGAUCAUCAAUGAGAACUCUGUUGCACAUGUCCAAGCAUCUAGAAACCAAUGCACUUUAUCAAUCGGAAUGAAAAAGUCGUUUCCAGAUCAGAGCUUCCGGAUAAGUUCAAUGACAGAUAUUGUCAGCAUCAUGGUUGUUAUAUCAUGCAUGGACCCAUCACUGACGGAGGACAUGGUCAAGUAUGCAGCUUUUGUCAGCCUAUCCAACCUACCAGUUCAGUCGAAUUCACAACCGCUUCAGAACAGUCGGCCCUUAUCACAGUCUUUCAUUCUGCAUAGCGGCAACAGAGUUCUCUCAUCGCUCCGAGACCGCCAUGAUACUUCAUCGCGUUGGAACUUUACUGCAGUUGCCCGAAAGGAGCUACACAAGUCCGAGUCUAUGCGAAGGCAGGUUUCACUGUCUGCUCGUGGAUGGGCAGUCGAAGAGCAGGCAAUCAGUGUGAGCUGUCUGAAGUAUACCGUGUCUGUCAUGGCAGGCUGCUCAAUACUUGUUCUGGGCGGAUUGAUGGCUGGCUUUUUUGUCGGUUCCAGGAUUGACGGGGUUGACCCUUUCAAUAUCACUAUGUUUGCUUGGAUCAUCGCUGGUUUCAUCAUUCUGGUAUCUAAGAGUCUACGCGUUGGUGAAUGGACCUGGAGAGACUUUUUAAAAGGACGUGUGACAUGCAGGAGUGUGCAUGAGCUCGCUAGUGUCACAAAUAUAGACGAGCAGGGUAUUAUAAUGCAGCUUUUGUCGUCGGAGAAGGAAUGGCCAUUGAUUCUAAGAGGACCGUACAACAGUGCAUUUUCCAACACUGGGGCUGAGGGGUUUUCGAUAGAUGUGAAACCCAAUAUCGGCACUCUGUUUGUCAGUGGGCUACUUGUAUUAGAGGUAUUGAUGGAGAGUGGGCCGGCACUUGUUUGUCUAGAUCUACGCCCUCAAGUAACUGCAGGGGAAGGUGACGAUAGUGCUAACGGGGACAAUCACGGCAACAUGCCAGUUCGCGUCAGCAAAAAUCGUAUGGUUCAUGGGCAGCGGACACCGUUCUAUGCGCUUGCUUGUAAGAACGUGCCUCAGCGAGGUGAAGCUGAGAAGGAUAUUGUGUUUAGGCAGCAGUUGGUUACAUGGGAGAAGGUCAUUGGGUUAUAUAACAACCCUGAUCAGAGUGUGAGAUAA